AAAAAUAAAAUAAUAAUAAUAGUUAUUGGUUGGUUCAUAGCGGUGAAGGAGGCAGUUGCAGAACGAAAGAGACGCAUAGGAAGAAAUCCCAUGGCAGAGGAAGGGAAACCCGAUGCUCAACUCUUUCAGCUUCUCUCCAAUCUCCUCCUUGAGGUAGAAGCAUUGACGAACCAAGAAGAAGUUGAACUGCGUUCUAAAAUUGAAACUCUUGGAUUAGAGGUCACAAAAGUUCCUUCAAAGUCAACCAAACAGCUUGACGAGUUGGAAAUAGCUAAGGAGUUGGAUAGAUUAUCAGCAAAAUUGGACGAUGUUGAUGAGAUGAUAUCAUCCACCAUGGCUGCAGAUCCUCAAGUAAGGUCUCUCUUGAGCUGUACAGCUGAUGUGUGGAUGCCAGUUAUCACUGCUACCUCUGAAGAAAGGCGUAGUUUUACAGCAUCUCCCGGAGACAACAAAACCACCCAGACAGAUGCAGAAAGCUCUAAAUAAAUUCCUAUUUUAUUGUCAAUGAAUAUGGAUAAAAUGUUAGUGCUUUGUAUUAUUUUCAUUAUAAACUGACAUGCAUAAAGAAAGUGUUUCACUAUACUGUUCUUUUUACUGGCAAGAUAUAAAAAGGAGGAUGUGUAUUCUA